AUGAGAUCACACCCAACAGAAGCAGAGAUUUUGGAAUGUGAAAAUAAUUUUGAGGAGAUUAGGUCUAUUGUAGAGAAAGAACCUCUAAUUAGUUCACCUAUACAUCUUUCAAUUUUAGAAAGUGAAUAUAAGCAGAAUGAGCUCUUUAACGAACAAUUUAGAUCGAUAAUUCAUGAAUUUCCAUAUAUCAGAAGGGUCAGAAAGGAUGGAUGCUGUUUUUAUCGUGGAUAUUUAUCUUGCAUAAGAUUAUAUCUUAAGAAUAACCCAGAUUUAGCAAUACAGUUUAAAAGUGAUAUUCAGAAUACUUAUGAAAUAGUAAAAAGUGCAGGCUAUCUUAAUGAAACAAUCUCCGAUUUUUUGAAUCUUUUUGCUCUGUCUUUGAUACUAUUGGCUUGA